AUGUGUUUUAUUCCUUCUCUUCUCACCGUUACAUCAUUUGCUGUUAUGUUAUGUGAUGUUUGUAAUAUGUUUUUAGUUUCAAGGGUGACAAUUGACUUUUCAAAAGGUGGCUUGAUGCGAAACAAAAGGAAUCAAACGAGGAAGGAAGAUACAAAAACAGAAGUUGUCAAGAACAAUAAAAGGUAUGAAUGGCGUAAUGUCUUAAGGAAUUGA